AAGGCGGCCGGUGAGAAGGAGGAAGAGGAGGCCUUCCUCGUGAGCCUCUACAAGUUCAUGAAGGAGCGCCACACGCCCAUCGAGAGGAUCCCGCACCUGGGCUUCAAGCAGAUUAACCUGUGGAAGAUCUACAAGGCCGUGGAGAAGCUGGGCGCCUACGAGCUGGUGACGGGCCGCCGGCUCUGGAAGAACGUGUACGACGAGCUGGGCGGCAGCCCCGGCAGCACGAGCGCCGCCACCUGCACCCGCCGCCACUACGAGAGGCUGGUGCUACCCUACGUGCGGCACCUGAAGGGGGAGGAGGACAAGCCCCUGCCGCCCGCCAAGCCUCGCCGGCAGUACAAGGGCUCCAAGGGAGGCCACGAGCCCGCCGAGAAGACCAGGAGGUCCAAGAAGGAGAAGAGCCGGGAGCAGGUGCCUACGGACCAGGCAAAAGUAGAGGCGGUGGCUGUGCCAGAAGCUGGUGGAGAUGCCACCACAGAUGCUCCUGCGCGGAGGUGGCUGCUGGAGGGACCCAGUGGCCCUGUGGUGGCUGGUGCGGAGCUGGGCAGGAGCCCCGUGGAGAGCGACCAGCGCCUCUUCUCCAGCCUCUCCGCCAAGGGCCUCCACACCGUCAUGUCCCCGCUGGCCAAGAAGAAGCUGCUGGCCCAGGUGAGCAAGGAGGAAGCUCUGCACUGCCCCAAGCGCCACUGCCCUGCGAGCCGCGCCGCUGAGCCCGCCUGCCAGCGCGACGAGCGCCAGAGCGCGGAGGCGCCCGGAGGCGCGGGGCGCCCGAGCCGCUUGCCGCCGCCUCCCGCCGUCUUCACGGGCUGCUUCCACGCGUACGGCCCCGGGACGCUGCCGGCGCCCGGCUGCCGCCCGCUGCGGAGCCGCCACUGCCCCUCGCCGGAGCCCUCGGAGCCGGGCUGGAGCGGGGGGCUGCUGCCGGGCGGCCGCGGGGGCCCCGGUGCCACCCUGGCCACCGUGCAGGCCUGCUGGGUGCCCCCCGGUGCCGCCUCGGCCCUAGUGCCCCCGCGCGCUGAAGUCUUCACCUUGCCGGCCGUCUCCCGCUUUGGCAAGGAGGCUGAGGAGCAGGAGAAGGGCGCUGGGCACCCAGUGGCCAAGCCCAAGGCGGUGGUAGCCACCCACGCGGCCCCGCUGGGUGCCGGGCUGCCGGACGCUUACAAGGGCGCGAUGCUGCGCCUGCCGCCGAGCACGGGCAGCGGCCCGGAGCGCCCGGCGCCCGUCCACCCCGUGCUCAUCCCGGCCUUUCCCCGCCCUGUGGUGGCCGCAGCGGUGCAGCCGGGCCGGCCGCGCGCCUCCGGAGGCGGCCACUAUCCGUACGAGGGCUCCCUGCGGCAGCGGCUCUACGGGUGGCCGGCGCAGUCCGCCUUUUACCGGCACAGCGCCCUGUAG